AUGCUCGUGAGGACGAUACUGUUAUCGGUGUGUUUAUCCGUGACCCGCGGGGGCUUCUUCAGCUUCCAGAACGUGAAGUCCUACGCGAGGAUAUUCCACGUGGACGGUCUCCUGGCGAACGAGACCGGCAACGAGCUCUGGAACGGGCUGCUGAGGGAUUGCGACAAAUCGGUGACCUUCUCCUGCAUUCAGAGGAACGCUUACUCCUACUUGGACAACGUUUUCCUGGAACGGGACAAUGUCACCGUUUUCGAUGGAUUGACCCUGAGGAGGAACGGCCUCGAUUACGGAACGUGCGGCAAGGAUCAGGACUCGUUGGACGAUAACCUGGUGGAAGGAUCCAGCAGCGAUUGCCGCGAAGAGGAAAGUGAAGAGGGGGAGGGGGCGGAGACGGAGGGGAGGGAGUUCGAGGAAGAGCAAUCACCUUUGGAGGAAGUGACCAACUCGUUGAGGAAAAGAGCGAUGAAAUUCCUCGCGACCAGGGACUAUGAGAUCCAAUUGCCCGAAUUCUUCUUCGAUGGCGCAGCUGUGAAGAUCAGCCCGCGCGAGGUGGACGAAAAUGGCGCCCUGGUCAGGGUGGAUUUCGGACAGCGCGGCGUCGAGAGUCAAGGGAGGAUCUUCAAGAAACUUAGAAAGUUCAUACAGAACAAGCUGCUGACGAGCUUCCUAGCACUGCUGCUCAUCAUCAAGCUGAUAAAGCUGAAGUUCAUGUUCGUCAUUCCGUUUUUAUUCGGCGUGGGUACCGCCAAGAAGUUGUUCCUCAAGCUGCUACUCUUCUUCAUACCUGCUUUCGCGCACGUGUUCAAGCUCUGCUCGAGCUACUACACAUCGCACUCCACGAAGUACCAUCAUCACCACCACCAGAUAGCCCAUCAUCACCACCACGUUCCAGUUCCAGUCCCAGUUCCUGCCUACUUCAAUCCCCAUCAUCAUCAUCACGAUCACCACGAAGAUGACCUGGACACCUACGAUUACGCUCAUCCCCAUAUUCAGUACCGAAAGGACAUGGAGGAGUUGAAGGAGUGGGGCAUAGAACCUUACGAGGAGCCAGAGUACCAAAACGAGCCUCUACCUGCUGCGACAGCGCCUGUUCGUACCCCAGGAGUCCUUCCAGCGCCAUAUCCAGCGCCCAACUAUCCUGGAGCCUACAAUAUCCCCCAAUAUCCGCCAAACGCCCAACCAGUAGCACCCUCGUUCCAAGAAAAGCGUCCCCUCUCUGCUCAUAACUUAGCAUACUCCGCAUACGUCGAUAACAAUCGUCGAGUAUUGCAACAACCAACUUCCGUCGUCAAUAAUCCCGUCGUCAACGUUCCUGUCCCUCAAAAUCCUGUAAACCUGGCGCCAGGGUCGCUACCAGUUGCGACUAACGUCAAAGGUUCGUACAACGCGAUUGGACAGCAGAACAAUAGACAGAUCGCUGCCAAGAGUUCGCAAGUGGAGACGAAGGUUCCUGCGGUUACGCAAAAACAGGGUAUAGACGACGAUUACUACGGGCCGAUAGUAGGUCGGCUGGAGGACAUCUUCAAGCAGCUGAGAUUCUUCGAGGAAACGUGUCGGGAGAGGCUGGUCUGCAGCAUGUACAAGAACCCGGCUGUCUACUCGCCGCACAGUAACCUCGUGUCCAACGAACUCUCCAGAGAUCCGCAGGAGCUGAAAAAGACAGGGUCCGAGAGCUUGUCCAGUCAGAAGUUUCACAGAUACUUCAGCGCUGCCAGAUUAGGUCAAGAUGGUGGAGACUGCCUAAGAAUGUACCCGUGUCACAUAAACACCGAAUAA